AUGGCGUCUGCUGAUCUGAAGAAGGACCUGGAAUGUUCCGUCUGUACGAACAUUUAUACAGAUCCUGUACCACGGGAAUGUGGACACAACAUCUGCCGGGAUUGUAUUGGUCGGGUCUUGGAUACAGAGGAGGGGUCUGGAGGAUAUUCCUGUCCUCAAUGUAGAGAAAAAUUCAGGAGACGUCCUUUUCUGUUGAGAAACAGAAGAUUGAAUAAUAUGGUAAAGAAUUUCCUGACUUCUCAGCCAGAUCAAGAGAUGAAGAUCUGUACAAACUGUAUCCACGCCAAAGUACCUGCUGUUAAACUCUGUCUGAUGUGUGAAGCUUAUCUGUGCAAGGACCACCUGAAAGUUCACAGCAGGUCACCAGAACACGUCUUAUGUGACCCCACCACUUCCCUGGAGAACAGGAAAUGCUCCGUCCAUAAGAAGAUCCUGGAGUAUUACUGCACUGAGGACUCUGCCUGUAUCUGUGUGUCCUGCAGGCUGGAUGGAGAACAUCGAGGACAUCAGGUGGAGACUCUGGAUGAGGCCUCUGAGAAGAAGAAGAAGAAACUGAGGAAUGUUCUGCAGAAACUGAUGACAGAGGAAGUGGAGAUGAAGAAAAGAGUCCAGAGUCUGGAGGAACACCGGAGGAAAGUACGAGGAAAAGCAGCUGGUGAAACAGAGAGAGUCACUGCCCUGCUCAGAGACCUCAGGAGACGUCUGGAGGACCUGGAGAAGAGAGUCCUGAGUGACAUCUCCGGGCAGGCAGAGCGGGUCUCCCUCUACGUGUUGGAUAUGAUCCGGGAGCUGGAAAUAAAGAAGGACGAGCUGUCCAGGAAGAUGCGUCACAUUGAGGAGCUGUGUAACAUGACGGAUCCACUGACUGUCCUACAGGAAUCAGACACAGGUGACUUGUGUGAUACUGAGGAUGGAGAUGAUGAGGACAGAGAGAGACAUGAUAGACUCCUCCAUGAUGGAGGGGAUCUGGAUGUGGCUGGGAUCUCACACACAUUACACACAGGUAUAUCUGAUAUCAUGUCUGGGGUAAUUGUACAGGAAGGUCCAGGCACACAUGUCUAUCCACAUUCUAGUGCAAAGGGCAAAGGUCACAUCACUGCUGAACCAUCCAGGCCACGCCCCCAACCCACCCCCACCGUACAACAUUCACACCUCCAGCCUGGAGGAUCAAAUAUUGGGGCAGUGCAGCAAACAUCGGGGGUGUCGGGGGUUACAGACAUAAUACUGGAUGUGAGCACAGCUGGUAAUACUCUACAGAUAUCACAUGACAGGAAAACUGCAACCUGGUCAGAUACAGACCAAAAUUAUCCAGAAACUCCAGAGAAAUUUCAGGAUUAUCCUCAGGUGUUGAGCAGUCAGAGUUUCUCCUCAGGGCGACAUUACUGGGAAGUGGAUGUCGAGGGGUCACUUGACUGGAAAGUCGGGAUGUGCUACCCCAUUAUAGAAAGGAAAGGAGGUCAGUCAGUGAUUGGAUAUAAUAAGAAAUCCUGGGGCUUGGGGUGGUGGGAUAAUCAGUACUCAGUGACUCAUAACAGGAGAGAGAUCCUACUACCCGGCAUUGUCUCCAGUGACAGAGUCAGGAUAGAUCUGGAUUAUGAGGCCGGGUGGAUCUCCUUUUAUGAAUUGAGUGACCCGAUCCGACACCUCCACACCUUCACCACCACCUUCACUGAGCCCCUCCAUGCCGGGUUAGGUGUAUGGGAAGGUUGUAUAAAGAUAUCUGGGGGGAAAUCAGAUGUGUGA